UUAUUUCCCAACGUAGCCAGCGCACUGGUCGAUUUGAGUGGGCGACUGACGAAGAUGAUGCGACCUUUAAAAGGUAGCAAGAUCGCAGAAGGAGUUUCGGAAAGUGUGUUUACGUUUCUGAAGUUCCUUAUCGUCUGGAUACUGAUACUUUUGGCAGAUUUCAUCCUUGAGCUCCGAUUUGAAUAUUUAUGGCCAGGUUGGCUAUUUAUCAAGAGAGUUUAUAAUUCUUCACGAUAUCAGGGUCUUGCUUUUUCCAUACUUUUUGUAUGUGCAGCAUUUACCUCAGAUGUAUUCUGUUUUAUCUUCAUACCAUUGCACUGGCUUUUCUUUGCUGCCAGCACAUAUGUAUGGGUCCAGUACCUCUGGAACUCAGAUAGAGGUGGUUGCUUAUCUACUUUAUCUCUUUGGAUACUAUUUAUUUAUAUCGAAGCAACAAUCAGAUUUAAGGAUUCAAGAAAUUUCAAUGUAGAUCUUUGCCGCCCAUUUGCAGCACACUGCAUAGGGUAUCCAGUGGUGUCUUUCGGUUUUGAAUUUAAAAGUUACAUUUGCUACAAGAUUAAACUAAGGAAACAGAAAGAAGUUAAAAAACAGAAUGAAUUCUUCAUGCAAAUUCUUCAACAGGCCUUACCCUUAGAACCACAACUGCAAACAAGACAGGACCGGAGUUUGGAAGACGCAUUUAAAGGGCUUCCACUGUCCUCUCAAUACCAGCAUUCAACCAGAACCAUUACAAUAGGGAAGAAAUACACUUUAGCCUUACCAGAACUAGAAUAUAAAGAUAAAGGCAAAGAGAAAGUGAAGGAAGUCACAAAACAAGCUGUUACAGCCAGUAACUGUUUACAAGCAACAGACUCUAGAGUGACUGAAACAGAGUGUGUGGAAAAUUACUUCAACAAGAUUGCAGAGUAUGAGUCAUCUGGUAGCACAGAAAAUCUACCCCAUGAUGAUUUAUGUGUUGAGUCUUCAAGAAUAUGCAAGCACUUAUCACCAAAGGCACAUGGUGCAUCAAAUGGCAGUGUGAUCUUUGCUAAAAACGAGAAGAAGCAAAAAUGUUCAAGCAAAAACACAAACACACGAAAAGGGAUCUUUGAAAAUGGCUCUUUAACUAAUCAGAACAGCAAACCAGAGACUGUACUACGAUUGGAACAUGACAUCAAGAAGCUAAAGGCAGACCUACAGACCUCCAGACAAUCUGAACAGGAGGUCCGCAGUCAGAUUAAUCUACUGAUCAACAGCAAACAAAAAGUACGAUCUGAACUUGUUCAGCUUCGACAAGAAAAUGAGCUUUUGCAGACAAGAAUACAUUGUGCUUUGCAAGCAAAACAGAAAGACAAACAAAAUAUCAUCUACUUAGAGAAAAAGCUUAGAACAGAGCUGGAUGGUCGAGCGCUGCUGGAAAAGCAGCUGAUGGACACAAAGAAGAGGAAAACAGAUGAAACUACAGUUAUUGCACGGGCAGUCUCAUUCAAUGCUUCAAUCAGAGGUGAUUCUACAGAGACUCUGAAGAACAGAAUGAAAGAAUUGGAUGCAGAAUAUAAACAGCUGCAAACAGAGCUCAAAAUGAAAGAUGAACACCUGAGGAAAGUAGAACGGGAGGUGCAGGAGCUUUGUAAAUACAAGGAAAAUGAACAGGACACUGAGAUGUUGAUGGCAGCACUUUCAGCCAUGCAGGAUAAGACACAACACUUAGAAAUCAAUCUUAGUGCAGAGACAAGAAUUAAACUGGACCUUUUCUCUGCUCUUGGGGAUGCUAGACGACAGCUAGAGAUCGCACAAGGGCACAUUAUCCAACAAGAUCAGGAAAUUGAAGAACUCAAACAGAAGGUUGCUGAAGUUAUGGCAGUUAUGCCUGGGAUUAAUUACAAUGUCACACAUACACUUAGUCCUGCAAGUUCAAACUAUUCCUCUAAAUUUGUGGAGACUGGAACUUCUGUUCUGGAUCCUAAUACUUUAAUGUACCAGUCACUGAAGAAAUAAAUGCACUAUCCUCCUUAUUCACCCCUCAGAUACUACACAUUUCCUAAUUAUCCAUGGCAAAUGCUGGUGGAGGUGAUGUUUUUGUACUCAAAAGAAUGGAUUUUUACUUUUUAUACUAUUUUGGGGUUUUCAGGUAUGAUCAAAUAGCUUUGGGGUGCUUUGAAAAUAGUUAGAUUAUUUAGAAUACCUAUAUAAUUGGAAGCUUUUAGCCAUUAUUGCAUGCCUCAAUCUACCCAAUAGAUUCAACCCAGUGUCCUCAGUAACACACCUUACUGUUUAACUGGUACCAUUGUAAAUGUAUGACUAAUUCCAGCAUGGUACGAAUUUCUUUUAGUGCUUGAAAUAAUGGUCUAAGUUAACACUGGAAAAGAAAUUCAGUUGGCAUCAACAAGCAAUUCAUAAAAGGCACAGAGGUGACAGUUUCACAAUAAUGAUGUGAGAAUGUUAAAGCUAAACUAUACUGAGAACAUCUUUCUAACAGAGCAAGUCUAUUAUAUGCACUGUUGUAGAUCUUUCUCUAAGAUUUACCAAAAUCAUUUCCUUCCGUCUUUGAACUACAAACAAGACAAUAACGGGUAAUACUUUCCUCUAAAGAAAUCCGAGUUGUAAUUUGCAAAAAAAAGCAUUUUAGACGUUCAUAAUAGAUAUUGUCGAGGAGCAACAAAUUAGCUCAUUUUUAAUUCCAUAGUACAAAUAAUUUAUCCCGUGCUAAAUUUUAUCACUGUUACCAAACAUCAUUUGUAAUUCUUAUUUAAUAUCUAUGUAAUUUUUGUUCAACAAAUGCUUACUCUACCGUUUCAUUUUUCCUUGAUUCAACAUUCUUGAGUAAUUGAUCCUUCAAAUAUUGUUCUCACCAGUUAUCAUUCGAACUGCAUUCUAUCACUGCACGGAUAUACUCUCAUGUUCAACUUACUUUGCACAAUUAUACUUCUAACAUGAUCCAGUUGUCUCUUGACUCAUCUCAAACCAUGCAUUUUAUGUCAUUUUCAUCAUUGCUAGCCUAUGUUUUAAAUUCUUCGUGGAGACAAAAGUUUGGUGCCAGUAAGUGAGCAAGAAACUAUAAUAAACAGUUAAAUAUGUUAAGAGUUAAUAAUGAUACCACUUGAUGCAAGAAUGUGAUGUCAGUUCCACAUUUUUGUUUGCAUCUGCCUUGUGACCUGGAAGAUUACUUUUAUUAUUGUAAACAAAAUCAGAAUACUGCUGGAAAUCUGAAAUAAAAAAUGAAAAUGUUGGAAAGCAGGUUAGGAAGCAUCUGUGGACAGAAACAGAAUUAACAUUGAAGACUAUGAUCACCCUUCAUCGAACAGUUUUUUUAAAAAAUACAACUUAAAGCCCCAUUUACAAUCCAGGGAGAGAGACUGUCAUCUCAAGAAAACAAUAUUCUGAGCAAUAAUGCAUCAAUUGUUAAAAUUUGUACAUUGCUGCAUGUUCCCUGAUGAGUGCAUAGCAUAUACUUAGCAGAAAAGAGAAAGCAAUAUACUUUGCUCUGUCAGACUUAAUGAGAAACAUAUUCUAGUGAUUUAUCCUGCCAGCAUAAAUAUUGUAAAUGUAAGUAUCCACACUGUUACUGAUGACUUUCAACUGGUCCUUGUCUGGAACAUUUUACAUCUGACGAUCACCACUUAAAGAUAGCACUGGAACGAGCAUUUUGCUUUUAGCAUCCCAAUACAAGAUGUGAUGUGAUGUUUUACUCUACUCCAGUGUUAUCAUCAUCGGCUCACGAGCUUUGGAUAGUGAUUUCUAUUUAUGAUGGAAUGGAAUAACAUGAUUUCAUUUAAUGUUAAAGGUGACAAAAAUUACCAACAGUUUAUGGGGAUAAAGAGAAUUGGAGAAGAGUGGAGCGGAAUAGCACAAAGUGAGCAGCAGCUUUAAGUUAUAAGCAAAACUAGAUCAUGGAAUGUCCCUUCAGUAGUGUCUGGGUAAAAGGACAGACGUACGCUUUGUUUUGAAUCUAUUCAGUUUGCAUUAUUGAGUUGUCCUAGUUUUAUUUUCCAUUUGACCUAUUACAGUUAAUUCACUGUUAAAUUUAAAAUUCUUCAUAGUAGUUAAGAUGUAUAACAUGACCUAAGAAGGUAGGGAAGCUGAGUUCCUUUUAGCUUACUGAAUAAGGGUGACUUUGGAUUGCAAAAUUAAAUUAACUUUCUGACACUUGUGACAAAGUAAGAGAAAACAGACUCAUGACAGCACAUAAGUAAUAUUAAAAGUCCGAUAUAAUGAAGCACAUUUCUAAUUUCCUAAAUUCUUUCACUUCUGCUGCAAUGUUUGAACUAACUAUGGUGUAAGGGAUUUGAAUUCAACCUUGGUCUAUUUUCUAGAAUGGAUUAGUUUCUGACCCAUUCUAAAAAUAGAAUGCACUGCAGCAGUCCCCAGUGGGAAAGAAUCAUAGGGCCUGGACUUCAGAUAAGUCUGGGAUUUUGGAUGGGCCUAUAGAUGGCAGACCCCAGUGAAAGGGUGGAGGGCAGCAUGCUGGGUUUGGAGAGCCAGGUAUCAGAGUUGGGAGGUGAGAGGGAUGAUCUUUGGAAUGGUGGGGAAAGAAAGAGAUUUCCUGCAAUGGGAACAAAGGACGCCCCAAAGAUGUGGCUAUCUUUCCUGCCUGACAAUAAAAACAGCCUCACACAACCCCUACUGCCACAGUCAAUUAGAGGCAGAUGUGGAAGUGGCCACCUCAACAGGUCCUAAGGUGGGUAAAAUGUUUGACUCCUUUGUUGCCUAUUGUUUGCAAGCGAUAGGCCAAAAAUAGGUGGGAAGGUGAUGAAAAUUCCCACCUUGUGAGAUCCCAAUUUCAAAUAUGUUGGUGGGGCCAUGAAAUCCAAAGUAAUGGGUCAAAUCAUUUCACUAUUUAUUGCAGUUUUACUGUACAUACUUAGAAACCUUGACAAUUUCAACGUUUUUAAGAAAGUUUCUUCAAAAAGUGCAGUGAGUCAGUUUCUGAAAAUAAAGUUGGUAAUCCAUGCCUUUUAGUCUAUCCAACCAAUUUCAUGUCCUGAAACAUCAAAACAUUCAAAAUAUUAAUGGGUGAAACUGCUUUAUAACCGUUGGGCCGAAUUAGAACCUUCACCAUUACACACUGAUUCUAAUUCUGCUCAACGUUAUUCUUCAUUUUAAAAGCAAGCCAUGGGUAAAAAUUUUUAAAAUGGUUUCAAAUAAUAAUUUGUUUAAUAAUAUAUAAGAAGCGAUAGAUUUUCAAGAAUAUGUAACCUUGGCUUGUUCAAGGCUUUCACACUCUUGUAUUAGUUUCUCUUUAUUUUUACACAGCUUUUGUUUAGUUUGAUCCAUAUGUAACAUAACCCUGUCAGAAAUUAUUUGUGUGCACCACUUCAUUAAUGUUUCACUUUGCACUUGAAUCUUAGAAUCCCUACAGUGUGGAAGCAGGCCAGUCAGCCCAUCAAGUCCACACUGACUGUCUGAAGAGCAUCCCAUCUAGACUCACCCCCUGUAACCCCACAUUUCCGAUGGCUAAUCCACCUAGCCUGCACAUCCCUGUACAUUUUGGACAAUUUAGCAUGGUCAAUCCACCUAUCCUGCACAUCUUUGGACUGUGGGAGGAAACCAGAACAC